UAACAAAAUGUUUGGAACAUUAAAUAACUAUCUGAGCAGUGUCCACCGGGCAUGGACAAACGGUGAUGGUGACACCUUGGCCUCAUACAUUUCCCUCAAAGACAAACACAUAAUGAAUCGUAAUUUGUAUGUGGAAUCACCGGAAAAUGCUGUGGGCCGACUGUUGGAAUCACCAAUCGAUGAGAUAUUGUGUGCUCACCUGAAAGUUUUAUAUUAUUUGGGUUUGGAACCCAGAGAUUUCAUGCAGGCCUAUAAAUACCAAUCGCAGUGUAUCCAAUCAGUGGUGAAGAUGCUACAACAAUUAAAAGAGGAAAAUUGGUGUUUGCCCGUUAUGUAUACAGCCUGUUUGGAUUUGCGAAUAUUGGCCCAGCGUUGUGAAGAAAUGGGUAAUAGUUCGAAACCGGGAGAGAUUUUGGAAAAGGCAGCCGAUUGUUUGAUGAGUUGUUUUCGUGUUUGUGCAGCGGAUAAUCGAUCAUCGGACAACGAAACAAAACGUUUGGGCAUGUUAAAUUUAGUAUGUCAACUAUUCAAGGUUUAUUUUCGCAUCAACAAGUUACAUUUAUGCAAGCCACUGAUACGUGCCAUCGAUUCGAGUGCAUUCAAAGAUAUGUUCCCUCUGCCAGAACGCAUCACUUACAAAUAUUUCGUUGGACGCAAAGCCAUGUUCGAUUCGGACUACAAGAGCGCCGAUGAAUUCUUGUCAUUUGCCUUCAAGCAUUGCCCCAAGAAUUUUCCUCGCAACAAACGGCUUAUACUCAUCUAUUUAGUGCCGGUUAAGAUGUUGCUUGGCUUUUUGCCCAAAAAACAUAUCUUAGAACGUUAUGACGUUUUGCAAUUUCAUGAAUUGGCAGAAGCCCUCAAAGAGGGCAAUGUUCGUAAAUUUGACGAUGUUAUACAGAGGCAUGAAAUUUUCUUUAUUAAAUGUGGCAUUUAUUUGCUGGUUGAGAAACUUAAAUUUAUUGUCUAUCGUAAUCUCUUCAAAAAAGUCUAUCUCAUCAAGCAGACACAUCAAUUGGAUUUGAAUGCUUUUGCGUCGGCGUUACAGUUUGUGGGCGAAACGGAUAUGACUAUCGAUGAGACGCAUUGUAUUGUUGCGAAUUUAAUAUUUGAGGGGAAAAUCAAAGGUUAUAUAUCACAUAGUCAUAACAAGCUGGUGGUGUCGAAGCAAAAUCCUUUCCCACCAUUGAAUACGGUUUCCUGAGA